CCAAUCCACACAUACCUCUAUAUAUAUAGCUAUAUAUAUGUAUAUUCACACAAAAGAAAUCCCAAUUUCUAGCAUGAAAUUUUAAUUUUUGUGACAGAAAAACAAAUGGGAUUACAGAACCAGCUUUCCGACGUGUCAUCGGAAUCAAUCCUAAUAUUGAUGGUAGUUUUCAUCGGAAAAAGCGCACGUUAUCUCCACUCCGUUUUCUUGACUAUCUUGCGCUUCUUCUCACCCCGGUUCGACUCGGAUAAUGCGGAUGUCGACAACCCUUUUCACGAAGUCGUGGGAUCCGGCCUGGCCGGUCUUGUCCUUCUGACUGAGCAAUUAAAUCUGAACCGGGAAUUUUUUUAUUCAAAUAAGUCCUGUGACGGCGUUGAUGGGGCCGGUUCAGAUUGUGUAGUGUGCUUGAACCAGCUGGUUGGAGGUGACCUUGUGCGCAAGUUAGCUUGCCGCCACGUUUUCCAUAAAGAGUGCUUCGACGGCUGGCUUCACAACCUCAACUUCAACUGCCCUCUGUGCCGGUCGCCAGUGGUGCCAUUUGAGCGCGUGAAGACCACGCGGAGGCGCGUGGCUGGAGAUGUGCUGGGGUGGUUCGCUUUCCACUGAUAGAUACAACAUGAUGAUAAGAGGACGUGAUCAGAUUAUGAACAUAUUAUGAGGCCUUUCUAUUUUAUUUUCCCUUUAAUUUUAAUUUAUUUACCUCAAUUUUCUGGAGUUUUUUUACUCUUUUUGAAGAGUUUCAAAUUCUCUUUUCACUAUCUAUUUUGAGAGUUUUCUUUUUUUAAUAAAUUUAAUGGUGCUUUGGUUUGAGUCUUAUUUUUCACCUAAACAUUGCUCAUAUAUGUAAUUGGCCUCAAUAGCAAUAUAAGUUUACAUUAUAAUAA